AUGAAUUUCACUUUAAUGGCACAGAAAACACUGCAGGCUUCCUCAAGACCUCUCUGCAGGGGAAUCCGAAAAUUCCUUCAAGUCUUUCCGGUACAAGGGCAUCUGCUCAAAACCCAGCGACAGUAUUCCAAUAAAAACUAUAAAAAUCGCACCCUCAGUCUAUCGUCCAUCUUGUUGCAGGAUGGCCUUGAUUUCACAGAACUUCCAAUAUUUAUACGUAAACUGGAUCCAAGCUGUUUUCCACAUGAGAACAACCAGUUUGUUCCAUCAGUGAAGAAAAUGACAAAAGAUGAGAAAUUAUUCCGAGAACAGCUUCAUAUCUGUAGCAGUGUCAAAGAAGUAUUUUGUCAUCUUGAGGUUCCUUCAGAUGUCAUCACAGGUUACACAGCUGCUUUUGCUUUACAGAAGAUCUGCUAUUUACAAAACAGUCAAAAUGAGGAAGAAGGCAUCGAUUCUUUUAUCCAAACAGCUGUCAUGAAUGAGCUUUAUGAGAUCGUAAAGAAGGAAGUGACGACCUUGAGCAAUGAGACGCUUUUUUGCCUUUUCAAAUGUACCUUCCAGUCUGUGAAUGCAAUUAUUGGCUCAAAUGAGUUUCUAUUUGAGGAAAUUGAGAAGCGAAUUAGUGCUAGCAAAUUUUCAAUCAGUGAGCUCUGUGACCUUAGCUGUUUGGCUUCCUUUCUAUCACAACUGACUCUUGUUGACACUUGUUGGAUCCAUAUUGGCAAUCGUUAUGAAGAGAUCAACGAGGACAAUUGUCACCUGGCAGAGGAGGUUCUUCAAAAUAAUUUGUCUGAAUUCCCCAUCCCAAAUUUGGUUGAACUUCUUUGUUCAUUUGCUUUCAUUCAACGUUUUCCUGUUAACUUUUCUCAUUUAAUUUUAACACCAUCAUUUUUGUCCAGGAUUAAAGGAAUCUCAAAUGAAAAACUUCAGAUAACAGUUGGUAAAUGGCUUGAAAUGUUGCAGUCUGCCUUGUUAUUAGAAACUAAACACAGAAACAUACCUCAUCUCUUCAAAAUGGAUCACAGAAUAAAAUAUUCAUUGAGUUCCAAAUUUCAUCGAGACGUCUUCAAGUGUCUGGAUCGUAUGGUUGGUUAUGAUAAAAUUGAUUGUUGCAAGCAAGCAAUGAAAGCCAUUUAUGUGAUCGAUUUUGAAAUUUUGCUGGAUGAAAAUUUAAUUCCACUUUCGAUUAACAGUCAACCAAUGGAAAUAAAUUCCCGAAUUGCAGUAAUACUUCACCAACCCGAACACCUUUGUUCCAAUACCGGCCAUUUAAUGGGGGAAUAUGCCAUGAAAGUACGACACCUGAAAUUACUUGGUUAUAAAGUAGUUGAAGUCCAAUGUUCCAUGCUUAACGUUUUACAACCAAAUCAACAAAUGAAAUAUCUACGUUCUUUACUCCAAAGACAUAUUGCAAAAAAUGUUUUGUUGAAUGACAACAUCACCUGA